GGUGUGGGAUACCACCCCAAUUUUGUAGCCUACGAUGACUUAACUGGGUCCACUUUGGUAAUGGAGCAUUCUUAACAUGCUUCACAAUUUCUAGUUCUUCCUCUUUAUUUAUAAAGUUCGGUAUAUAAAUUGCUAAAUUUGGUACCUAUAACAAAUAAAACAUUUCAGAAUUCAAAAUACAUAACCUCCACUAAAAAAUGAACAGUAUAAAUGCGAACCUCUGGCACCACAUUUUUAUUAUAGAUAUUUUUAUUAUUCAUUUUGUAAUAGACGAAGUUAUCUAAUUGUACGAACAAUUAACAAAUUCUUGGUUAAUGAUGAUAAGUAAGGUUGCCUGUUUUAUGGAACGAUCAAAUUAAAUUCGUCACUGUUAUUUGGAUUCUGUAAACAAACAAAAGUGUUCAGAAAACGGUACAAAAAUAUAUGUAUUUACAAUUGCUUAAUAUAUAGUGAUGAUUAGAUCUAAACUACUUUGAUCAGAAGAGAGAUGAAAGCACACAUAGCUGAAUGUUUUCCACGUCGGUGUAGAAAAUAUUCUUUUGCUACAUGUGACAACGAAUACGCUAUGAAUCGUUGAGCUACAUUACAUACGCAUGAAUAUAAAUUAACGAAAGUAAUUCAACAUUAUUUAUACAAGAAAAGGGGCAAAAUGGAUAAGAAUCGAAUAAUUGAUCAAAUGGACAACAAAAAUUUAAAACUUAUUCAUCAGUUUCUUAUAGAUCAUAAGUUUGAGAAUACUGCCGAAACAUUAUUAAUUGAGGUUGAAUCGCGGAGUUCCAAAAGUUCCUCAAAAGAUCAAAGGAUUUUGUUGAGCUUCGAUUCAGGAGACUGGAGAACCUUUUUUAAUAUCUGGAAUUUGUUGGUACCUGAAAAUGUUAAACAAACCAGAUCAUAUAAAGUCUUAACAUUGAAUCUGUAUGUUUAUUUCAUAAUGUUACCAAAACAUAAAAUGAUUUUAUAUUCAUUUGAAGAGCAAGAUAAGAUACAAACAGAAACAAUCAAAUCUACAACAUCUUUGAAUCACAAUGGUCUUGAGAAUCAAGAGAAUUUUAUGACUGAAUUAGAAAAGGAUAUGCAUGAAUGUGUGGAAUUAUUACGGGUAUUUUUAAAUACAACUGGUAAAGAACUGGAAGAUGAUACAGAAUUAAGAUCCUUAAUUGCAUUAAUUCUUACCGAGGACCCACUUGCAGAACUAAGCAUGUCUAAAGUAUUUGGAAACAGUUGGAUCAGAGAGUUAACUGAAAAUUUGAUUUCAUUUGUUGAGGACUGUGAACAACAAAAUUUCAGCAAUCUAAAACACAAUGAUAUAAAUUCGGAAAACAAAGAUUCUCCUGCCAACAAAAUACUUGAAAAAAGAAAUGUACCAAUCAUACCAAAUGAUAGAAACAUUCCACUAUUUAUAGAAGACGACGAAAUCGAUGAGCAGUAUUGUUUAUCUGAUAACACAAAAUAUACUCGAAAAUCAAAAAGCGUGCAGACAAUAUCAACCAUUUACUCUACAGACGAAGACUUGCAUUCGUCGCUUUUAAGAAGUAAUAAAAAGUUAAUGCAGUAUGCUCAGGAAUUAACUGUAACAACGUCUCACUUAUCUACCGUUCAAUCCAAUUAUGAGAAGUUAAAGAAACGAUUUCAUAAACUGCAUGCUGAUUAUCAUAAAUUAAUGAGCAUUGCCCGAGUUUUAACAAACGUUUUAGAAAACUCGGUGAAGGGCCAAACUAUCGACUUCCAAGCUAUGUUAGAGUCGUGCAUUAAAAUUUUUCCAGAUCUAUUUAAUCAAAAUAUAAGAGACAAUUCAUAUUGCCCUUCGGAAGCGAUGUUAGAGAAAUGUAAUUCCGAGAUGAAAGUAAUCAAGCAACCUAUGCCGUAUAUGUCGUCUGCUCCUCCAAAAUCUUUAAACUUUAAAAAAAUUAAGUUACAUUUGAUAAACGGAAGUAUCAAAACUAAAUUGUUACUAUUGCAAGCAUUAAGAAGGAAAGUAACAUGCGGUCAACCUGGAGAAAGAGAGGAAGCAUUGCACGAGUACAUAAGUAAAGACCUCUUAGGGCUUUACGGGCGAAUUGCAAGCUAUAAAGGUACAUCUAUUCUACCGUAUUUAUUAACUCCGGACAACAUUAGUAUGCCUCAUCCAUUGCAACAAUCAACCACGAGAUUAUUAAACGCCUUAGCAUCGUUUAGAUGUGGACGAGACUAUUUGUCGUUUGAUUCUACCGUAGUCGAUGCGGUAUUCAAGUGCCUAAAUAAUACUUAUGACAACGACAUAGAUACAUUUACGUGUAAUAUGAUGAUUGCGAUGCUGCAAAAAUUAUCAUUACGCAAACAGCAAAGGAUAUAUAUGAUAGAAAAUGGAUUAGUAGAAUGGUUGAUUCGCCACUUACACGUUCAUUAUCGCAUUAUGGAUUCUUACCGAUUGGAGUAUGCUACAGCCUUGUUAAUGAAUCUAUCAUUGCAUCAAAUUGCUCGAAGAAGAGCGUCUACUUUGGCAUCUUUACUUGUAUCGACGCUAACUAAUUUGCUUUUAACGGAUCGGUCCUCUAUUUUGCCAUAUAUUACUGGAGCAUUAAAUCAUUUUUUGACAAAUCACGACAUUAACGAAGAAGCUAAGAAGAUGAAGUUCUCGUCCGUAUUAGAACAGUAUAGUAAAUACAAAGACGGCGAAAUAAGGGAGCACUUGGAACACAUUUUAAAAAUACACAAAGGCGACGUUAUGAUUAAGACAGAAAUUGAGGAAAUUGCAGACAACGAUGACGAAGAAUUCGAUGUGGUGGAAAAUGAGUUGGAAGAGAAUGACCCGGUGAAGAAUAAUUACGGCGAAUUGUCUGGAGAAACGUUGCUUGCAUCAUGCUAUACUACGUCCCUAAAGCCUUUCCAUGACAAAGAAAUCAAUUCGGAAAUAUCGUCGCAUACUUUUAUGCACGAUGCUGAAGAACAAGUGAAAAGCUUGCAUUAUGAACACGCAUCCGUAUCAAACGAACAAAAUUUUGAAAGAUUCGUAGAUAAAACGUAUCACGUAAAGAACCGAAACAAUAUCGUGAUGGUACAGGAACGUAUGAAAGAAUUACAGGCACCAAAACUAGUUUCAUUGCACAAGGCUCAACAAAUUAACAAGCCAAGAAUAAACGAGAAAUGGAGUUUUCCUUCUGAUGCAAGAUCUACGUUAGAAAGUUCUGCAUUCCUAAGUUACAAUUGCGCACAAAGAAAUUUGAGAAAGAUCAAUAAACAAAUUACUGCGAAUCCGUCUAAUGAUAAAAAGUUUCGGGAUACUAGUACAGUAAAUGCAUAUUUAAGAAUGGAAAAUGAUACGAUUUCUGCACGAGAUAAUUGUGAAAGUGCCGAAUACUUGUACGCAAGUCAUUUGUUAAAUAGGAAAGAUACUAAAACAACGCUUGCAUCUUCGAUGAACUUGGAUGAGAACGACGUUGGAAGUGUAGCUAAUUCAACAGUCAUGGAGAAACUGAGCAGUAUAGCAUCGCUGAACGCCAGUGACGACAAUAAGGCUAUAAGCGGCAAUACUUGGUAUGCUCGAGAAAUCGAACUUGACACGGAAGACGCGUUUCUGGCCAAACCGAAGCUCCCUAGAACACCUCCAUAAUUAUUUUUUUUAUUCUAGUCUCCAUUUGUCACUUUUUUACCGUAAGAAGGUCGAGCCGAUGAAAAUUAUGUUCACGUCCGCACGAUUAUUUGAGAUAACUUUAUUUUAAACAACGUAUAAACAACAAUGUGGUUUUCAUUAGGUUUAAAUAGGCAUACAAUAAAUAUGUACAAAAUACAA